UUGAUGAACUUGUAUUUUCAUGAAGUGACCAAGUGCGAUUUCGCCACGAAAGGAUUACUAACAUCGGCGAACGUGAAUGUUCUCUCCCUCGCAACCCCGCUGCUGGACUUCGCUCGCACGAUAACCCAAGCAAGGAAGGAGUCCUCAAGGAUUCCUGAAGACUCGUAGGAGGAGGUCCUGAUGUUGACGGAGGUGAUGACUGAAGUGGAGAAGAUGGACUUGAGACUCCCAGCGCGGGGUCCUGCGACGACCAAGUGUCGCAUCUUGUACGACAUCCCCUGCAAGGUGUGUCAGGACCACUCCUCGGGCAAGCACUACGGCAUCUUCGCCUGCGACGGCUGCGCGGGGUUCUUCAAGAGGUCGAUCCGCCGCCAACGCCAGUACGUGUGCAAGAGCAAGGCGGACGGGGGCUGCCUGGUGGACAAGACGCAUCGGAAUCAGUGUCGCGCUUGCAGGCUGUCCAAGUGCAUUCAGGCCGGCAUGAACAAGGAUGCCGUGCAGCAUGAACGAGGUCCCCGUAAUUCCACGCUUCGCCGCCAGAUGUCUCUGUACUUCAAGGAGGCAGGAUCGGACUCGCCCCCACCCCCACCACGCCCACGAAGCACCACGCCCCCAGAGCCCGCCCACACUCGCUCCUCCCCGCCCGUCAUCAGCCACAUGCCGCCCAUAUCGGUGAGCGCCCACCUUCCCCUGCCGUUCCCUCCGCCGCCGCCGCCGCCCAUCCACGCCGCCCUCGAUCUCAAGAUUGGCGUCACACCUCGACACCUUCCCGCCACGCCCACCACCACCGCCCAUUCCGACCUCCCGCGCCCGCCGCCCCCGGAGAUCUCGGCACUCACGCUUGACAGGAUGCACGCCCUCACCACCCGCACCACCACGCUCCUCGCGCCCACGCCCAAGUAUCCUCACGAACUGGCGGUCCCCAUCGUGAGUUCGCCGGAUACGGUGUGCGAGACGGCGGCGAGACUCCUCUUCAUGAACGUCCGCUGGGCCAAGCACCUCCCCGCCUACACCGCCUUGCCGUUCAGGGAUCAGUUGAUGCUCUUGGAGGAAGGUUGGCGGGAGCUCUUUGUCCUUUCCGCCGCUCAGUUCCUCUUGCCAGUGGAGGCCGGACCUCUGCUGGCCUCGUCUGGCCUCAGCGGAGAGUCCUCGGAGCGCCUGCUGCCCAUCCUGCAGGAUAUCAAGCUCUUCCAAGACAUUCUUACCAAGUUCAAGGCCAUGUGUGUGGACCCUACUGAGUACGCGUGUCUGAAAGCAAUCGUUCUCUUCAAGACAGUGUGGGAGAACGCAAGCAGUGACGUGAAGGGCCUGCGCGACUUGGGUGCGGUGGCUGCUCUCCAAGACCAAGCUCAGCUCACACUCAACAAGUACAUCACCACAGCUUACCCGACCCAGCCCUUCAGAUUCGGAAAGCUGCUCCUGCUGCUGCCUUCGCUCCGGGCCGUGGGCUCCCGCACCAUCGAGGAGCUCUUCUUCAGGAGGACCAUCGGCGCCAUCCCCAUCGAGCGAAUCAUCUGCGACAUGUACAAGACGGCGGACUUCUGAGAGGAAUGAAACGAAGACGGACAGAUAAACCUUAGAAUCUUUAUUUUUAGCGACAAAAGCGGUUUAAUUAAAGUUGUAUAUAGACUUGGAGAGAAAGUUAUUAUGUGAUGAGAUAGAAGAUCGGACCUAAUAAUUGUGAUAUCACGCGAGAAUCAUUUAGAAGGAUCAUAAAUUCACUGUAAGAUAAGUUCCCCCCAUCACCAGUGACCCAGCCUUUAUUGCACAAGAUUGAUACUCACCGGCAAAAAGCGCCAUGCAAAUUAGGUUUUAGAUGUACAUUUCCAUUUAUUAUUACAUUCUUCUUCCAUCCUGUAUCCUCUCUUCGACCCAUCUAUCCCUUUCUUUGAAUGACGAGAAUCAAAACAGAAUCACCCAGUGAGACAUAGCGUACAUAGUGAUAAAUCCACCCUUAUGUAGCCUAGGAGAUUGUUGACGCAUCUGUACAUAGAUCUUAAUCGCCGACCGACGACGCUGCGCCGCGAGGGAUUCUCGGCAGCGACACUGUACAUAUCA